ACUAACAUCCAUACAGUCAUACAGACAGGCGGACGGAACCAUACUAUAUCACCCUCCCUGUGUGAAAAGGAAAUGGAGUUGAAAUAAGUGCGUUACUUCACUACUGGACUGGAUGCAGUGACUGUCGCUUCAGAUUCUGAACUUCACGACCAGAAACACACUCAGGAGAGAAAAUGUGGAGAUACACCAACUUGUUCGCCUGCCUGCUGGUUUUGUGUAAGGAUGCGUCUUCACAGAACAAGAUCUUUGGGGAGACUGAGCCGGUCAGAAUGACGUCAGAGGGCUCAGACUGCCGCUGUAAGUGCAUCAUGCGACCUCUGAGCAAGGAUGCUUGCCAGCGUCUGCGGAGCGGCAGCGUACGCGUGGAGGACUUCUACACGGUGGAGACAGUCAGCUCCGGGUCCGACUGUAAGUGCUCAUGCACGGCCCCUCCGUCCUCCCUCAACCCUUGUGAGAAUGAGUGGAAGAUGGAGAAGCUGAAGAAACAGGCCCCAGAGCUACUAAAGCUCCAAUCUAUGGUGGACCUCCUGGAGGGAACACUUUACAGCAUGGAUCUAAUGAAGGUCCACUCCUACAUCAACAAGGUGGUGUCUCAAAUGAGCACCCUGGAAGAGACAAUCAAGACGAACCUUACGCGAGAGAAUGAAUUUGUUCGAGACAGCAUGAUGAGCCUCACCAACCAGUUUAAGCGAUAUGAGAACUACUCCAACGUUAUGAUGAGCAUCAAGAAGGAGAUCUCCAGCCUCAGCCUACAGCUGCUACAGAAAGACUCCUCUGAGAGCAAAGCACAGGGCACUAAUGGUGAUAAAACAAAAGAGGCUGUGAAAACACCCAACAAAAAGAACCCUGCAGCCAAACUUUCACCCAAACCGCCCAAAGAAAAGGUUGUAAAGCCCAAGAAGGAGGUCAUCAAACCUGGGAAGCCGGCCAAGCCUGACCCUACAGCCAGAGCCAAGGUGGUUGGCCACCAGCCUGGCGUGGUGAGGGGCAUCACAUACUACAAGGCUGCCAAGACCGAUGAGGAUGAGCACAGAGGAGACAAUGUCAGAACGUUCACAGUCCAUCAUAUCACGGAAAACCAGUCAGAGGAUGGAGGAGCUGAAAUGGUUCUAGAAACCAUGGAGGCCACCGUUGCUGAACCCACUGCCACCAUUGCUCUUCCCACCACUACAACUACUACUACCACCACCACGACUACUGCCACUACAACUAGCACCACUACUGCACCCACCACUACCACCACACAAAAUUCACCAGCAUCUGAAAGACCAGCUCCGACCAUUGUGCUGGUACUGGACAACUCCAACAACAACAGUCGGCCCAGUCUCCACAGAGCAGGGAAGAUCCUAAACUGUGAAGGGACUCUAGCAUCCAUUGACCAGCCAGAGAAGCAGCACAGUUAUGGGCGCAAUGAGGGAGCCUGGAUGAAGGAUCCCCUGGCUAAAGAUUCCAAAAUCUAUGUCACUAACUAUUACUAUGGUAACAACUUGGUGGAGUUCCGCAACCUGGAUAACUUCAAGCAAGGCCGAUGGAGCAACCUCUUCAAACUGCCUUACAACUGGAUAGGCACAGGCCAUGUGGUUUAUAAUGGAGCUUUCUACUACAACAGAGCCUUCACCAAGAACAUCAUCAAGUAUGAUCUGAGGAUGCGAUAUGUGGCAUCCUGGACACUGCUGCAUGACGUGGUUUACGAGGACACCACCCCCUGGAAAUGGAGGGGCCACUCGGACAUUGACUUUGCAGUGGACGAAAGCGGCCUGUGGGUGAUCUACCCUUCCAUGGACUACGACUACAGCCAACAAGAGGUGAUUGUCAUCAGUAAACUGGAUCCUGGAGACCUGUCGUUGAAAAAGGAAACAACCUGGAGGACGGGUCUCAAGCGGAACUCCUACGGAAACUGCUUCAUCAUCUGUGGUGUCUUGUACGCUGUUAAUGUAUACAACCAAAAGGAAGGGGAGGUGAACUUUGCUUAUGACACCCACACCAACACUGAAGCCAUUCCACGCCUGCCCUUCACCAACGAGUACUCCUACACGACCCAGAUUGACUACAACCCCAAGGAGAAGGUUUUGUAUGCCUGGGACAAUGGCCAUCAGCUCACUUAUCGGGUAAACUUUGUCGACCAGUGAGCUCAGCUAGUUUGUGCUGCAGCUCACUGUAGGCCUGCCAGUGUGGCACCUAAACAGAAAGAUGCAGCCAUAUUGGACUCAGGAGAAAGGAUGAACCUACGCAAGCCUUCCAAUACCAAUGCACGCUAUUCAAACAGCUGACCUCACAGUGUACCAAACAUACAUCAUGCCUCGAGAUGUGGCUGUACAAUAUAUCAAUAGAAUGGACAACCUACAGUGAAAAUAAUCUCAAAGGUUGAGUUACGGCUCAUUGGGCAGGUCUUGGAAAAUCAUAGAGACUUCUUUAUAUGUUCAUUUAUGACUUGUCAGCUGGCUGGCUAACUAGCAGACGUAUAGAUAGCUAUACAAGGAUUGUUUAAAAUAGGCAUAUCAUAUUAACACAUUAUGGUGGAUUUUGUAUCCAAUAACUGUUUAACUUAAUUUGGGCACCUGAGUGAUGUAAUGAAAAAGACAUCAACAUGUCAGAACUAAUGUAACAACUACUAACUAAUUACUUAUUUACAAUAUUUGAGAUGCCAUUUUCAGGUGUAAUUGGGCUCUAAUAGGGAAAGUGUCAGAUUAAAAUGGCAUAGCCAUAAUAAUCUGCAUGAAUGUGAUUGGACGUUCCCAGUCAGCUGGUAGAUAAGGAGCUGAUGAAUGAGCCAGUGAUGGAGUAGCAUUAAUAAAAAAAGCUGAUGCUGAUCAGCUAAUGCAAGUGUGACUUCAGUGCCCUACCUUAGUGCUGCGCUCUACUUCUCAAUAGUUUUCUUUAAACUAUCCUCUAGUUGGAGGAAGUGCAGCAUAAUAAAUGUGCAUUUACCUUCAGUAUUAUCUUCAGCCACAUUUGCUGUCACUUGGUUUGAGAAUGAGUUCUCAGUUAAGAUAACACAAUUAACUAGCUAACCUAUUAGCUAAUAUAACACGGCUAGAUUUACCAACCAUCAUCAGGAUUCCUAAAGUGCGAUACCCUGUGUUUUCUUUUUGCCUUUUAAGUGGGCAUAAAAUAUUUCUACACAGCUUGUGUUAUUUGGCUCCACCUGCAAACAUUUAACUGAACCAAUGAGAUAUGUUCUGCCUCCACAGUAGUUCUCCUUCUGGGAAAUGUUUUUAAAGCUAAACUAUCAGCUGUUGUUUCACUUUCCUAUAUACUCCAUCCUAUCUCCAAGCACUUUGAUGGUGAAUCUGCUUCUAUUGUUAUUCCGGCCUCAUAAUGAUUUCUGUCUCUUUACCAUUGACGUUUUUAAGGGAAUGUUUUAAAUAUAGCAUGAACUCAAAAAACAAAACAUAAACACAAAUGUCUGUUUUUUUAAAUAUAUUUACAUGAAUUCAUUUGACAAAAUGAUACAACCUUUUCUUUCUUAUUUCAAUGCAUUCUUUAAUUUCUAUGUUGUAUUAAAAUAUGCAGUUUUCACCAUUGUUAAUAUCAUUAGCAUUACCACUACAUUUGUCGUAAGUAUUUGAACAUGUUGUUAAUACAAAAGGUGCACUGCACUGCUGUGCAGUUUCAAUAAUGGAUAUAAAUCUUAAAUGUUUUUGUUUUGGACAAUGACUGACAGUACUGUGUAAGGCCAAAACGUUCUCCCUCUCAACCUCGUCAUUUGUCAAUUUCUGAUUGUCACAUUCAUACACUAUUUUCUCAAAUAAACAUACAAACCUUGGUUAGCUUUAGGCAACAAAACAACCUAGUUAGGCAUAUGAAAAGAGGGUUGUUUGGUUUAAAAUAAGUAGGUUUGUUGGAUAACUAAGCAGCCUAUGUCCAGGUAGAGUGCCUUAGUUUGACGCAAAAGGCCACUGACCAAGCUGCAGUUUUUUUGACGAGUUGGUGGUGAAACGGGUUGGUGAGGCACAUAAUUGGAAUGGUAAGCUUUAAAACACAUGAGCUAACUUUUCCAGCACUUUGUAGUGUUGUUUUGGAGUCGUACAGCAUUAAUGAUUCACAACCACAUUAUUGAGCUUGUUUUUGAACUAUCAGGAGUGUUUUGUAAGUAAAAAGGCAUGCUGAUUCCAAUA